AUGUCCAAAGUUGAUCAGUUCCUGAACAAUCUAUUGAAUUAUGAUAAGGAAAAUAUUUCAGCCAAUAGCAAACAAGCCGCAAUUGAAUAUGUGAAAAUGCCAAAUUUCGAUCCGGAUGUGAUCCGUACCAAAUCUCUCGCCGCCGCCGGACUGUGCUCGUGGGUCAUUAAUAUUCUCAAAUUCCACGACGUUUAUUGUGAAGUUAAACCCAAAAGAGAUGCUUUGGAUGCAGCCAACGAGGAAUUGCGUCAGGCCACUGAGAAGCUCGAGGGUCUGCAGAAAAAGAUAGCCGUUCUAGAAGCAUCUCUUGCUGAACUGACGGCCAGUUUUCGUGAGGCCACAGAAGAGAAGUUACGCUGUCAACAAGAGGCAGAUUUCACUGCCAAAACGCUAGAUCUGGCUAAUAGAUUGGUCAGCGGUUUUGCAUCGGAAAAUAUUCGUUGGGCACAACAAGUCGAAGAUCUUCGUAAAUUGGGUGAAACUGUGAUUGGAGAUGUGCUCAUGACAACCACAUUCAUAUCCUAUUUCGGAUAUUUGAGCAAGCCGUUCCGACAACAGUUGAUGGAAGAGAAAUUGUGGCCUUUCAUGAAAGGUUUGGCUGUACCCAUUCCCAUCCGGCCGGGCAUCGACCCACUUUAUAUGCUGAUCGAUGAUGCGGUGAUUGCCACAUGGAACAAUCAGUCUUUGCCAGAAGAUCGUAUGUCUGUCGAGAACGCAGCCAUAUUCAGCUUUUGUGAACGAUGGCCAUUGUGCGUGGAUCCCCAGUUGCAAGCGAUCAAAUGGAUCAAAACACGAUACGGGUCUAAUCUGAUUGUCACACGACUGGGUGCGAAAAAUUACUUGGACCAAAUUGAACGGGCCAUUACAGAAGGCAGUACAGUAUUGAUUGAGAAUAUUGGUGAGACAGUGGAUCCCAUCCUGGAUCCAAUUAUUGGAAGACAAACUGUUAAAAAGGGCACAGCCAUGAAAAUGGGGGAUAAGGAGAUCCCGUUCAAUCCCAAUUUCCGAUUGAUUUUACAAACCAAACUGGCCAAUCCGCACUAUCAGCCGGAGUUGCAAGCUCAAACCACAUUGAUCAAUUUCACCGUGACUCGAGACGGUUUGGAAGAUCAAUUGUUGGCUGUUGUGGUUAGCAAAGAACGUCCGGAUUUGGAGAAACUCAAAUCUGAUUUGACCAAACAGCAAAAUGAAUUUAAGAUCACCCUGAAAAAUCUCGAGGACUCGCUCCUGGCAAAAUUAGCCAGUUCUGGCGGAAAUUUCCUGGGCGAUCAUUCGUUGGUGGAGAACUUGGAAACGAACAAGAAAACGGCUAAAGAUAUCGAGGAGAAAGUGGCCGAAGCAAAGAUAACAGAGAAAGAGAUUAAUCAGGCGCGUGAACACUAUCGCCAGGCCGCCACCCGUGCUGCACUAAUCUAUUUUGUCAUGAACGAUCUGUGUCAAAUUCAUCCAAUGUAUCAGUUCUCAUUGAAAGCGUUCCGUACUGUGUUUGAACAGUCAAUAGACACGGCACCCGAAGCAGAAACGGACAAGGAACGCCUGAUAAGUUUGUUAGACAAUAUUACCUAUUCGAUUUUCGUAUACACCACACGAGGUUUGUUCGAACGAGACAAACUGAUCUUUCUGAUUCUAAUGGUUUUACAAGUACAAGUGGCCUCAAAAGAAUUGUCCGCUACUUUGAUGGAUUUCCUAUUGCGUUACCCGGUCGUGCCGGAUGCGAAAAGUCCAGUGGAUUUUCUGAACGAUUUGAACUGGGGUGGUGUACAAACACUGGUUAAAAUGAAUAAUUUCCGUGAUUUGGAUAAAGAUAUUGUCUCAUCGGCCAAAAGAUGGAAAGCCUUUUUGGAAGCAGAAGCACCGGAAAAAGAAAAGUUUCCACAGGAGUGGAAAAACAAGAAUGCCGCGGAAAAGCUCUGCAUGAUGCGUGCUUUACGACACGACCGAAUGACGUACGCACUGAGGCAUUAUGUAGCGACAACAUUCGGAACCAAGUAUGUGGAGGCUCGUCAGGUGGAAUUUGCCAAAUCAUUCAAAGAAUCCAGUUCGGCUGUGCCCAUAUUUUUCAUUCUUUCACCCGGUGUUGAUCCAUUGAAAGAUGUGGAAAUUUUGGGUAACAAACUCGGAUUCAAACUGGAUCAAGGGAAUUUUCAUAAUAUUUCCCUCGGUCAGGGGCAAGAGGUGGUUGCAGAGGCCGCACUAGAGAAGGCGGCUGAGGAAGGACAUUGGGUUGUGUUGCAAAAUAUUCACUUGGUUGCACGUUGGCUGAGCACUUUGGAGAAACGAAUGGAACAGUACGCCGAAACCGCGCAUCCGGACUAUCGGGUGUUCAUAAGUGCCGAACCGGCCGGUGAUCCAUCUGCGCACAUCAUCCCGCAGGGGAUAUUGGAAAACGCGAUCAAAAUUACCAACGAACCUCCGACCGGUAUGCAUGCGAAUUUGCACAAGGCGCUGGACAAUUUCAGUCAGGUAUGA